AUGUUUAAAUAAAUAAGGUGUGAGGAAGUAAAAUAUUCAUUUAAAGCAGUUCUUUAACAAGAAUCAUUUUGGAAAUUUUGCUGAACCACAUCUUGAAAACUUAAAAAUUUAAUGACAUACAGCAUCAGUUAAGUCACAUCAUGGCAACAACUGUACGCUACACUAAAAGUCCGGGUGUCGAUAAACCUUCUAUAAAGCUUAACGAGCUUGAAGCAAACGAAGGAGACUAUGCUAUAAUAACACGCGGUGGUGAUAUGGAGGAAACCUAUCAAAAUUUGAAAACAGAGAGGAAAGUAAACAGUGAGAAAAUAGGAGUUUCAAAGGAAAAACGAGACAAAACAAAAUUUGUGAUAGUUUUGCUAGGUUGUGUUGUGUCCGGUUUGGUAGUGGCAGUCGUGUUUUCGAUUUUGGUUAUAUUUUCCAUACAUCAGAAACCCGUUACAAAUGGCGGUUGGACGAGUUGGGCUGAUUGGGGAGCAUGCAGUGUAACGUGCGGAAUUGGCAUAACUACUCGAAUACGGACAUGUUCAAACCCAAGACCUUCGACAAUGGGACAAUAUUGUGAGGGUACCUCGGAUCAAGUGCAAAUAUGUGAUAAUAGUUCUUGUUCAGUCACAGAUGGAGAUUGGACGAGUUGGGGUGAUUGGGGAGCAUGCAGUGUAACGUGCGGAAUUGGCAUAACUACUCGAAUACGGACAUGUUCAAACCCAAGACCUUCGACAAUGGGACAAUAUUGUGAAGGUACCUCGGAUCAAGUGCAAAUAUGUGGUAAUAGUUCUUGUUCAGUGACAGAUGGUGGCUGGACGGAUUGGGAAGAUUGGAGAGCAUGCAGUGUAACAUGUGGAACUGGCUUUACUACUCGGAUACGGACUUGCUCAAACCCCAAACCAUCGAUUAUGGGACGAUAUUGUGACGGUACCUCUUUGCAAGUGCAAUCCUGUAGCAAUACGUCGUGUUCAGUCACAGAUGGAGAUUGGACGAGUUGGGGUGAUUGGGGAGCAUGCAGUGUAACGUGCGGAAUUGGCAUAACUACUCGAAUACGGACAUGUUCAAACCCAAGACCUUCGACAAUGGGACAAUAUUGUGAAGGUACCUCGGAUCAAGUGCAAAUAUGUGGUAAUAGUUCUUGUUCAGUGACAGAUGGCGGCUGGACGGAUUGGGAAGAUUGGAGAGCAUGCAGUGUAACAUGUGGAACUGGCUUUACUACUCGGAUACGGACUUGCUCAAACCCCAAACCAUCGAUUAUGGGACGAUAUUGUGACGGUACCUCUUUGCAAGUGCAAUCCUGUAGCAAUACGUCGUGUUCAGUGUACAUACUUUGA